CACUGAGUAAACGGAGGACUUUCACUGGUGUCACAAGGACCGUUUUGGGAAUUAAAACACAGCCGUGGAAGUGUAAAGAGAUUUUCAGACAUGGUGCCAUCCAGCUCCUGAAGUUUUCAAAGGAUGCAUACAACACGCAGCCCUUCAUCCAUCCCGACAGGUGUCUCAGGAGAUGCCUUGGACCUCUGCUUGUCAGGCUCCCAGCUCUCUAUGUCCAAAAGACCCAGCAGUGCAUCGCCGGGGAAGUACUUCUCUCGCUCUGUGUCGGUUUCUGUGGCGAGUGACAGCAGAGGAAAACGCAACACCCUGGGUGAUGCCAGCUUUGGUAGCUCCCGCUCCAUUAAGAACCUGAGGCGCUCCAACAGCACCACUCAGGUUAAUCAGCAGGCCAACAUCAGUUUAAGUCAGGACCAGAGUGAGGACUACCUGGCUCUGUUUGACAGCAGCUCAGAUGGACGCAAGAAACUGGCCAGCCUCAGCAAAGCCUCACCGGACAGAACCACAUGGAACAUCCUGGACGAUCAGCCCAGAGCGUUCCCCCCGCACUCCAGCUCCCGCAGCACCGGCAGCAUGGACUCUCCCACCAGCCUGAAGAAAAGGGAGCCUGGCAUCGCUCUGGCUGCCACCUUCACUGCCAACAACAGGAGCAACAAGGGAGCUGUGGGGAACUCUGUCACCACCAUCUUACACAACAACUAUUCUGAGAAACCACUCACGCCCAAGAGCUCCAACCAGAGGCCGUCCUUCAAUAACAUCCUGAAGGCCACAGCGAACGACGAGGUGUCACAAGACAACAGCUCCCUGACAAAGUCCCAGAAGAAUUUCUCUUCAUCUCCCUCCACCUCAAACAACAAAUCUCCAGUGUCAGCGCAGCGCGGCAGCCCUGUCCUGCCCCGCAGGAGGGAAGUCACAGAGGAGGAGGCAGAGAGGUUUAUUCAGCAGGUGAACCAGGCAGCAGUCACCAUCCAGCGCUGGUAUAGACGCCACGCCAAGAGACGACACACUAACCAGGCGGCGCUCAAACGCAUCCUCGCCAGUAAAAGAAAGGAGUGGGAGGAGAGAACAGAGGAGGACAGUCGCCUGGAGCAGCAGCAGCAGAAAAAGGAUGAAGACAGGAGACGGAUCCGUGAAGAGAAAGCUCGUCUGGCUCGCCUGGCUGCCAUCCAGGAGCUGCAGCAGAAGAGAGCCCAGCGGGUUGCAGAGGUGCAGCAUGCAGCCGAGGUGGAGCUGGAAAACCUGAGGCAGACGGGUCCAGCUGGACGCAAGAAGCCACCCAAGAUUUCUCCCACCAACAAAAGUCCAGCGUCACCGAGCAACAACAGCCCGAUGUCACCCACAGACGUCAAAGCUAAGAACACAGACUCCAAUUUGAAUGUUGCGGCUGACUUAAGUGAGCUGAGCUUCAGAGCCAUUUCCCCGGCUUUGUCCAAUCACAGAGGCUCUCAGUGCUCACAGGAUCAGGACGACAGAGCAGAGGCAGACAUUUGUGUGGAGCAGCAGCAUCAGCAGAACGACAGGAAAUAUAUUCGUAAAGAGAAAGCUCGUCUGGCCCGCCUCGCUGCCUCGCAGGUCAACACACCUGAGGAGCUGCAGCAGAAGAGAGCCCACUGGGUCGCAGAGGCUCAGCAUGUAGGUGAGGUGGAGCUGGAGAGCUUGAGGCAGACAGGUGUCAUUGGACGCAAGAAGCCGCCCAGGAUUUCUCUCACCAACAAAAGUCCAGCAUCACCGAGCAACAACAGCCCGAUGUCACCCACAGAUGUGAAAGCUAAGAACACAGACUCCAACCUGAAUGUUGUGGCUGAGUUCGGUGAACUCUCCAGCUUCAGAGCUGUUUCUCCAGCUUUGUCCAAUUGCAGAGGGUCCCAGUGUUCACAGGAGAUCCUGCAGAGGUCUGUGAGCGUAGAGGACCAGCGGCAGGGAGCUCUGUCCAGCAGGGCUCAGUCUAAAACCACCCUGAACGAGCUGCUGGACACCCUGAAGCUGUUAGAGGAGGAGCCAGAGAGGCUGUCAGAGCCAAAGUGCUACAGCAAAGAGAAAUACGCCUGGAUAGACGAGGACGGAGACUCCAACUCUCUGACCACCGACAACCUGGAGCGUCACGGCCAGCUGAGUCACCAUCCUGCGCUGCCAGACGGGGGCGCCCUGCUCUCUGAGGCCAAGCUGCAGAGCAUCAUGAGCUUCCUGGACGAGAUGGAGAAGUCUGAACAGGAGAGACCGCGCUCGGUCACUUCAGGGUCGCACAGAGAGGCCGUGCUUUCAGAGGAGGAGCUGGCUGGCGUCGAGCAGGCGUCUGCCACUGCCGCCGAGGUCACCGGCUCCAUGAUGAGAAUCAAGCUAGAGCUGGAGGAGAAGAAACGCACAGUCAACAUGCUGCAGGCUGCACUGGCCCAGCAGAGGGAGCUCACAGUGAGACAUGUGAAGGAGACGGAGAAGGAGCUGAACAGAAACUUCCAGCUUCAGAAGGAACAAUAUGAAGCCACCAUCCAGAGACACCUCACAUUCAUUGAUCAGCUGAUCAAUGAUAAAAAGGCUCUGAGUGAGCGCUGUGAAGGAGUGGUGGGAGAGCUGAAGCAGGUGGACCAAAAGUACACCAAGAAGAUCGCACACAUGCAGGAGCAGCAUGAAAUGGUGUGGCAAAUUCUGGGUCCCUUGUGCGAGGAAAUCAAGAAGUUAAAAGAGCUAAUGAGCGCCACGGAGAAGAUCCGCCGGGAGAAAUGGAUUGACGAGAAAACCAAGAAGAUCAAAGAGAUCACAGUCAAAGGUCUGGAGCCAGAGAUCCAGAAGCUGAUUUCUAAACACAAACAGGAGCUGAAGAAGCUGCGGACGCUCCACGAGGCGGAGCUGCUGCAGGCAGACGAGCGGGCAGCCCAGCGCUACGUCCGCCAGUGUGAGGAGCUGCGGCAGCAGCUGGAGAGGGAGAAGGACGAGCAGUGUCAGAAGGAGAGGGAACUCGCCAAACAGAGGUAUGAGAAGCAGCUUCAGGAGGAGGAGCUGUCCCUGCAGCAGCAGAGGAGGCGUCUCUACAAGGAAGUUGCUGAUGAGAAAGAGCGUCUGGCUCAGCUGGCUGCAAGGCAGCGAGCUGAGCUGGAGGAUCUGCGGAGACAGCUGGAGGAGAACAGCUCCCUGGCUGGACGAGCCCUCAGAGAGGAGCUGGACAAGACGCGAGAGGAGCAGGAGAGGAGACACCAGGUGGAGAUGAAGUCAUUACAAGAGCGUCUGGAUAUUGAAAAGCAGACCUGGGAAGAAAACUACAAGAAAAAAGAGGAGGCGUGGCUUCUGAGCCGCGAACGCGAGCUCAAAGAAGAACUGCGACGAGAACGCGACAAAGAGAUCGAGCUCGCCAUCUGGACGCUGGAGGAGGAGACCAGCAAGGACAAAGAGGAGUGUGAGAGGGCAGCUGACAACAGGGUGAAGCGUGUGAGGGAAAAAUAUGAGACUGAGCUGAGGGAGCUGGAGCGCUCUGAGCGGGCAGCUGUGGAGAAACAACAAGAGCUGAGGAAGCAGCAGAUGGAGACGGAGGGAGAGCUGAUCAGACUGCAGGCAGCGCUCCAGCAGAAAGAACAGGAGACUGAAGACAUCACACAGACCCGGGACAAGCUGGUGGACGAGCGCCGCAGCCUGGCGGAGGUGAUACGUCAGGAGUUUGCCGACCGGCUGGUGGUGACGGAGGAGGAGAACCGCAGGAUGAAAGUGGAGGUGUCAGAAGUGCGAGCGAGGCUACGACUGGAGGUGGACAGGGUCACCAGGGAGAAGGAGGAGGAACUGGCUGAAGUCCACCAACGAGUGAAGUCGGCCAUCUUGAAGAAGGAAGAAACUGUCAAUAAUCUCCGGAAGCAGCAUGAGGCUGCCCUGAAGAGGGCGGAUCACCUGGAGGCCCUGUGGGAACAGCAGAGGAAGCAGCUGCUGGAGAAGUGACUGACUGACAGGAAGGCUUUAUACGUCUGGACCCCCUCUGCCCCCCCCCUCACCACCACCACACCCCCCUCCGCUCUGAGCUCUCUCCAUUGUGUCGCUCAACCCCCGACCUGAUUUUUUUCUCUUACCUUUGGAUGUUGUUGUUCCUGCCAGCAAGACAGAACCUGUGGAACGUCAGAAGGUUGAACAAGCGACUGAACCUUGUCCUACCUCAUUUGAAAAACACAAAAUGGGGAAAUGCACUGGGCCUCACUGUACAGCCCCCCCACCCGCCCCACUACUCCCCCAGGCAUGAAGGAGCGAGCUGUGUUGGAACUUCCCUAAUUUAAAUGCCACAGACCAGGUGGCACCACAUGAAAAGACUACAGAUGGACUUCCCUUUCUUCUUCUACUCUUUCCAGAGAAGGAUUGCAUUAGUUUUUUGUGACUGUCCCCCCCUCCUCCUCCUCUUCCCCCCCUCUCUCUGGAGCAGGAACGCCUCCAUGUUCCCCACAGAGUUGCCACGGAGAACAGUUCCAGAUGUUUCUGAAACCAGCCCGGGCCUGCGCUGGUGUACAGUGGGAGAAGGUGGGGGGGUUUGCUCUUUGUGAGGGACCACUUAGAGCCAAGAGCUCUGAUCAGUUAGCAUCAGCGCUUCAGUGUUAGCUUGUGUUUGUUCCACGUCGAGCUCCCGGUGCCCCCUUUUAUCUGCUGAGUCAUGUGUUUUGUCCCCUGAAGGCGAGUGCUAAUUACACGAUCUGUAACCUCUGCCCUGCUGCAGCCCUGUGACUCGCUCUGAACAGUUUGUUGUGUGUGUCUUAAACCAAAGUUUGGAUCUAACAAAGAAGAAGAGGUGAUGUACUAACACUGGUUACAGACUAAAGUUAGAGAGCAUGUAGAAUGUGGCUAGAAAGAGCGAUAGGAUGAGACUGAAAGGAAAAGGAGUGAAGAAAAAUGGGACGUCUGAUGGCAUGUUUGAGGUCAAAGACAUGAUUGUAGAGCAGCUUUGAAAGUUUCUGAAUGUGAGGAAGAAAGAAGAAGAAGAGGGAGGGUCGGGGGGUUGGAGGGAAGAAGGAAUGUGCGUAGAAAAUGUUUAUAGGAUUAGGAAAGCAGAGCUGGGACAGAGCAGUGGUAGGAGGGUUUGAGGGGGCACAAGGCAUGUGACCAGAGGUAUGUUAAAAGCCAUAUAGGUUUCGCUCGGCCUGAUUCAGAGGCCGACUGUGACAAAACGCAUCAAACUCAACAGGCAGAAGGGGCCUGGAGUCACACACAUGUGUUAACUAUCUGUGUUUGGAUGCUGCAGCGCUGUGUUGUAAUUCUCUCAGGAGCCACCACCUCUCAGCACUUCCACAUGUGAACUUCAUUGAUUUUGUUUUGCUUCUUUUUUAAUUUCAUGGUCCUUUAUGGAAACAAACAAGAGACAGUGUUCGAAAUUUAACAGCCUCUGAAUAUUUAAUAUAGAAAUUUAGACAACAUUGAAUUCAUGCACUGAAAUACUUUGAAAACCAUAUAUCUGAAUUAAUUUGUUCUGAAAUCAUUCAUUCAUUCUCAUUAAAAUAAAAAAA